GCGGAUUCUCGGCUGGGUCCUGGUAUCCUUGAGGCCUCUGUGAGUUCCCCUACAAUUAAUAGAUUUUCCACCUUUCUGUGUUGGCUGCUUUCCCUGCUGAUUCUCUGGCCUCUCUUGACUCUCACAGGCUUUUCCCUGCUCACAUUUCCUGGACACACCCUCUUUCUGUCUCUGCAAUCAAGUCCCAUGUGAUUUGACUUGCUCAUCAUCUUCCUGCUGAGGCUUCUGCUCCAAAGUCUCAGUCACCCUCCCAUCACCCGCGGCGACAGAAAAAGAAAAGUCAGAAACAGAAAUGGAAAAGCGGAGAACAAAUGAAAAGAACAGCUGGAGAUGAAGACAAAUGAGGGACUGAAUUUCCCCAAACUCUUCCUCAAAGGGAAGAAAGGAAGGGAUCAAGUCUACAUCCAGUCCCCUCUAAACACUCAGGGAGAAGGAUGUUCAGGGAGGAAGCUACUGCCAGGAGACAGUCAGGCUAUGUAGGAAGCCAAGAGCAAUAUUUGCCCUGAGGAUAUGACACUUGCUGCAGACAAGCCUGAACCAAGAGAGCUCACAAGGUCUUUACUGGGAAUCCCAGCCGUUUCCUUCUGGCACUGAGUUCAUUUCACGAUUACUCACUCCUAUCCAAGUGAUAUAACACCUAUCACCCUCCCGUCUCUCAUCCAGCAAAUAUGUUUCUAAUCACUUCAUUAUGACUCUGUCGGUAGCAAUCUUGCAGGAAAUGACAGGUGCAAGGAGAUCACAACAGGACUUGACACAGUGGGGGCAUAUGCCUUUAACAGUGACUUUGAAAACGUGAGAUUUACAAAUCGGGUGGAGAGUUAAGAGUUUAAAAAAAUCAGUGUGGUGCUUGUGCACGGUAUAAUUUAGAAGCCAAGAUUCCUUAUUAUUAGCAUGAGUGUAGGUAAAGACUUGUUGGCAUCUCAUGGAAAAUACUGCAUGUUAUGCAGCUCACCCCUGUCAUAUUUUUAUUCCUUUUUACCUGCAUGAAAGCAGGAUUUUAAUUAAGAGCUUCCACUUCUCUUCAUAUUGCUUACUUCUUGCUGGAGGUUUUAAGAGCAGAUCCUCAGCUCAUCAAUCAAUCAGAGUAGCUCCAGUGUGAGGGUCCAGAUCCAUUACAAUCCUGUUGUGUACAAAUGUCCUUAGUAAUAGCAAAACAGGAGAGAAGGGAAUGCUGGAAAUACCACAGGCAGAUCCCUCUGUGAAGUUGGAUGGUGUUCAGAGUUUUCCAUGAGGUGGCUAUUGAGAAAUGCAGUGCCAGUAUACUUGGGCUAAUAUCAUAAUAAUAGGAGAUAUACCAAUCUCCUAGAACUGGAAAGGGCCUUGAAGGGUCAUUGAGUCCAGCCCCCUGCCUUUGCUAGCAGGACCAAUUUUUGCCCUAGAUCCCUAAAUGGCUCCCUCAAGGGCUGAACUUACAACCCUGAAUUUAACAGGCCAAUACUCAAACCACUGAGCUAUCCUUCUGCCCCUGGAGUUCCUAGUUUACCCCCUGUCUGAGAAGAGAUGAUAAUGAGUAAGACACAAGAGGUAUUUAUUAUAAUACCAAUCACUAGUUCUUCUUCGAGUGCCUGUUCAUGUCCAUUCCACAUUAGGUGUAAGCACGCUGCAUGCACGAGCAUCAGAAACUUUUUCCCUUGCAGCUCCUGGUGGGGGCCCCCCUGAGUGGUGCCACUGAGUCGUGCAGAUAUUCUCCCACUGGCCUGACCCCUUCCAGUUCCUUCUGCCAUGGCAGCAUUAGAACAGUCUCUUGCUCUCUUACGAAACACAAUCCCUUAGCCUUAGUGUUACAGAGCUGUUAUCAGUUCGUUAGCAAUCCCUCAUUGUGGACACUUAGUAGAUUAGGUGCUUAGAGGUUUCCAGCACCCACCCCAGGCCACAGGGCAUGUUGCAGGCCCACGGGUUUAAGGCUUGAGCCACGUGCCACAAGCCUCUGCUGGUUAGUGACCCCCACGACUCCUGUCUACGUUGCCUGGGGGAAGCACACCAAACGGAGCAGUGUAAGAUUUGCAAGGCAUUCAAGUCAAGACCAAAGAAAGAGACUUUUGUUUGAAGCAGUUGUUGAUGGAGGCCGUGCUGCAGCUAUGAGGCCCAGAGCACCCAACAUCGGCUCCAGCUUCCUCGGUGCAGAGUGCCCCAGAUUCAUCAAGAGACCCGGUGCCGGCCAAGCACCGGAAGCUGUCGGUCUCAGAGCGCCAAAGUAGGCCCCAGCAUGGCUCAUCCUCCCCGGUGCAACCCAAGACACAGCCAAAGAAAGGGUGCAGAUGUUACCCGCAAAGCAGACCAGCACCAUCCAAGGCCCCGAGCACUGGGAAGAGCAGGAUGGACGCUGUACUGGUGCUGUCACUGGUGAUGCUGGCGCAACUUGUCCCACUGAGUCCAGCUCUAGGUGAACUCAGGGCAGACGACAGGCUCGAGGGAGUAACAGAUUAACCCUCCAUGCCUGACACCUUUGAGGCGGGGAAGGACCUCAUCACUACUGGCGUUGGUCCCGGUCAAGCUCUGAGUCCGUGGACUCCCAUUUACCCCUGACUCAGAGGGAAGUCUCGGUACCAGAGGUGAGUGAACACGCAGAAUUCGUGGAAGGGGCACACCGCUUUCUGGAGCCCCCCAGAAGCCAGCACCAAGAGAAGAGGGGCUGGCUGUUGCCGGGGGCUCACCGAGGACACCGGUCCUGGUCCCAGUCUCGGGAGCACCGGUACCAAUCCCGGUUCCAGUCCAGGUACCGAGAGCAUUGGUACUAGUCCCACUUCUGAUCAGCCAGAAGCCAAUCAUGGCCCUCGCAUUCUGCAUCGCUGGAGUCCAGCAACAACUCAGACUGAUACAGUUACCCGCACUGGACAGUAGGGAACCUCAGGCUGGUUGGCACCCCAAAUAGGGGCUGCCAGGACAUUGGCCUUUUUGGACCCCUUGGGCCUACCACCAAUGGCAAGGGGAUCCCUCCAGGGCCAGUUACUCAGUGCAGUGGUCCCGGUCCCUGCACCGACGCUCUCCCAUGCGAGAAACUACAGUGUCCACACCACCUGCAUCUUCAUUGGGCAAGAGACUGGAGAGACUGGCACCGAGUCCGGUGCCGCCCCAAGGUCGUCUGCCCUGGCCCGAGCCAGAAGCCCCUCCCUUAGGGAAGGGGGACCAGGGAGACCAGCAGGAAGAAGCUGAGCAGCUACUGACUUCCUUGGCAUCCCCAGGUGAAGCGGUGGUGGGCACAGCAGUAUCAGGGCCUCCGCCAAUAGACCACAGAUCCCACCAAGAGCUACUGCAUAAGGCUUCCCAUAACUUGGGGUUACAGGCUGAGGGGACGGAUGAGCAAGAGGACCCCAUGGUGGACAUUCUGAGCCCAGAAGGUCCAUCCAGAAUAGCGCUCCCGCUCAUUAAGACCAUUCAGUCGAACUAUAUGACUAUAUGGCAGACCUUGGCCUCCAGCGCACCAACAGCCAAAGGUGUGGAGUGCAAGUACUUUGCCCCAUCAAAGGGUUAUGCAUUCUUGUUCUGCCACCCAAGCCCAUGUUCCCUGCUAGUCUCAGCGGUGAACGAGAGAGAGCGCCACGGGAAGCAAGCCCUGGCCCCUAAGGCCAAGGAAGCAGAACACCUGGGCCUGUUCGGCAGGAAGAUGUAUUCGUCAGGCGGCCUCCAGUUGAGAAUUGCUAACAAACAGACCAUUCUCAGCAGGCAUAAUUUCAACUCCUGGGCAGCAGUAGGGAAGUUUAAGGACAACCUCCCCCAGGGUUCCCAGCAGGAGUUCACGGCCCUGGUGGACGAGGGUAAGGCAGUAGCAAAGACCUCUCUCAAGGCGUCCUUGGAUUCGGCAGAUGUGGCGGCCAGGAUAAUUGCGUCGGGUGUAGUCAUGCGGCGCUCGGCGUGUCUUCAGAAGUCAGGUCUGCCACCUAAGGUCCAAAAUUCGCUCCAGGACAUCCCCUUCGAAGGGUCCAGACUCUUUUUGGACCAAACGGACACAAAACUACAUAGCCUCAAGUACUCGAGGGCUACACUCAAGUUGCUGGGUAUGCACAACCGGCUACUCAGAGGAAGCGCUUUAACCCCAGGUGUUUGUGGGACUGCAGUAAAUAUGAGUCUAAGAUGAAAGAUGUCAAUUGCAUUUGAGAGAGAUGCCAGGCAGGCUCACAGCGCUUUCCAUCUCAAAGGUUGCUGAAUGGUGUUUUAUGAGAAUAGUGACUGCAUUGUAUCCUUGCACUUUUAAGCAUGGAGCUGAGCUCUGACAGAAUUAGCUCUUUAUGUUCAAUUUAUUACACUGUAAGUCCCCUGGCUGCAGAAAUCUGAGCAGAAAUCAGAGCAAGGCCACAAAAAUCUGAGCAAUUAAUUUUCUCUAUGUAUGUGGACCUCUUGGGCCCAAUUCUAGGUGCAUAGAUUCUUGCCAGUGAACUGCAGGCAGAAAAACAGCACGGGGCAGGAGUUUUUCCCAAAACCUCCAGAGAGGCCACUGAACAGGGCUUCUUUGAUGAGAACUAUGCGGGGACAUUCCCUGACAUAGCUUGUGGGUAUUUGUGCAUGUACCCACUGAUACAUUCAUAGCAACUGGACCUUUCCUCCAGUGCGGAUUAUUCUUACCCUAGGCGGCAAGAACCUGAGUGUGUCUCAGGGAUGGGGGUGUCCAUGAAUAGGGUCUUUGCUGUCACACAUGGAAACACAUUAAUGCUGCUUUGUGAAUCUGUCUUGUAGCCAUAUCUAUGGCGACCAAGAUUUGGGCCUUUUCUUUCCAAAUCUUCUUGGCUGCCCUGAAAGAGAGACCCACAUUCCAAUAUUGUUAUUUCACAAUCUUGGAAUCACGUCCAAGUAACUUUAUUUUUCCUCACUCAAAACAUGAUCCUCCUGUCUGGCCUAUUCAGGCUCAGCGGCGCAUCCCCUUUCCUUGGAGAAACAAAGCAGGAAACUCUCACCAACAUCACAGCGGUGAAUUACGAAUCUGAUGAGGAAUUCUUCAGUCACACCAUUGAUCUGGCAAAAGACUUUAUCCGGAAACUCCUAGUGAAAGACAUGCGGUAAGUGAAUGUACAGAAAUGGCUGGCUGCCUUUCAUGCCACCCAGGCAAAAAUGAGCACGCUGAGCAGUUCAGAGGUUUCAUUGCAGAGUAGGUCGUUGUCCCAGAGUGAGUCAUGAAGUACAGGUGUAUUGCUGUGUCUCUUGUAAAUGUCUGUAUACAGAGGCCCUAAAAAUAUGCCCUGUGCCAAAAUUCACCAAAUGUAGCAGAAUUUGGCAUGCAUUUUCUUUCACCAGUAGGGUUGGAUUGGUUUGGUUUUUUGGUGAAGUGCAAAUGACUGGAGUUUAUAGGAUUUUAG